AUGGCAACCAAGUUUUACCAGCACCCCCUGACCUUGGCAUUUGCUGUAGACGAGAUCAACAGGAAUCCAAAGAUUUUACCCAACGUCACUCUCGGGUUCCACAUCUAUGAUACCUACAAUGAUGAUAAGAUGACCUACCGUACUACUCUGGAUAUGCUCUAUAAAUUGCACAGAUAUUUUCCAAAUUAUGAAUGUGACACCUCAAAAAAACUAAUGGCUGUCAUAGGAGGACUUGGUUCCGAUUCAUCCUUCCACAUGGCAGACAUUCUAAGUCUCUAUAAGAUUCCACAGGUGGUGCCUUUUUCACUAUGCAAUGAGUAUUGCCAACCUGGUUUCCGGAAGCAAAAGAAGGAAGGGAAGGCAUUUUGCUGCUAUGAUUGUGCGGCAUGUCCAGAAGGGAAGAUUUCAGACCAGAAGGAUAUGAAGGACUGUAACAAAUGUCCAGAAGAUCAAUACCCAAGCAAGGACCAAGAUCGAUGUAUUCCCAAGACAAUCAGCUUUCUGUCUUAUGAAGAACCCUUAGGGAUCAGUUUAGCUUCAGCUGCAGUUUCUUUUUCCCUAAUCACUGUGUUGGUGCUGGGAAUUUUUAUUAAGCAAAGAGAUACCCCCAUUGUCAAAGCCAACAACCGCGAUAUUACCUAUGCUCUCCUUGUUUGUCUCCUGCUCUGCUUUGUUUCUUCUUUGCUCUUCGUUGGACAACCUACAAAGGUGACCUGCUUCAUCCGACAGUCUGCUUUUGGCAUUAUUUUCUCAGCGGCUGUUUCUUGUGUUUUGGCCAAAACUGUCACUGUGGUUGUAGCUUUCAUGGCUACCAAACCAGGGUCCAGCAUGAGGAAAUGGGUGGGGAAAAGAAUGACCAACUCCAUCCUCCUCCUUUGUUCCCUUGUUCAAGCAGUCAUUUGUUUAUUAUGGCUAGGAACCUCUCCCCCUUACCCAGAUUUAGACAUGCAAUCACUGAAUACAGAGAUUGUAGCAGAAUGCAAUGAAGGGUCUGUCAUCAUGUUCUAUGUUGUCCUGGGCUACUUGGGACUUCUGUCUCUCAUCAGCUUGACUGUGGCUUUCCUAGCUAGGAAGUUGCCAGACACUUUUAAUGAGACCAAAUUUAUCACCUUCAGCAUGUUGAUGUUUUGUAGUGUUUGGGUGUCUUUUGUUCCAACCUACCUGAGCACUAAAGGGAAAUACAUGGUGGCCGUGGAGAUCUUCUCUAUCUUGGCCUCCAGUGCUGGCUUACUGGGAUGUAUCUUUUGCCCCAAGUGCUACAUUAUUGUUCUGAAGUCUGAGCUGAACAAAAGGGAACAGUUAAUACGGAGAAAGUAUUAA